UUACAGCAGAAGGAACCAGCGCUGAAAGGUCUCCAUGUUCCUGUUACUAUAAGGAGCUCGGCGAGGUUUUGGACAGCACAUGGUUUCAUUUUAUCGCUUCAUGACUGCCUGGGUUAGCCUAUACUGUAUCUGUCAUAGCCAGGCUAUCGUUAGUGUGUUCCGUCGAAGACGCGUAUCGGGAGACCAAGCCUUCACUUGUUGUUGGCGGCUUUCUCACAAGUGGAUAAACGCAUAACAGUUUCCUCUAAACGAUGCGUAAAAGUAGCCUAAAUUCAACAUCUGGAACUUGACACAGCAGUGUUACUGGACUGAGUGUGAUACAUAGACCAGAUUGUCUACCAUGCGAGGCUCUGGACAAAAAUCACCACUUUCUCCGGAGAUAGCAGCGCUGUCAUUUCUUAACUCCUGGAACGUCUGGACGAGGACGCCGCGUCUGGACCGAGUUAUUAAACACCGGCAACCUGACGGUGGGGGCCGGUGAAGAAGACCACGGUGGUGCGGAGGCGGUGAUUGUUCCCGUAAUUUUUGGAUGUAUAUUUUUCCUGGGUGUCGUCGGGAACUCUCUAGUGAUUAUAGUAAUAGGGAAAAUCAAGGCCCGGCGUAACAGAAGUACGACAAACAUUUUUAUCCUCAAUUUAAGUAUAGCGGACAUAUUGUUUCUGCUAUUUUGUGUCCCGUUCCAGGCUACUAUAUACUCCCUACCCGAGUGGAUAUUUGGAGCCUUUUUAUGUAAAUGUGUUCACUAUUUGGUGAUGGUGUGUAUGCUGGUGAGCAUCUUCACUCUUGUUGCCAUGUCAGUGGACAGGUACAUAGCUGUUGUACACUCCAAGAAGUCCCCCUGCAUUCGCAACAGGAGGAACGCCCUCAUUGGGGUCUGUGUUAUUUGGGCGCUAUCGUUCAUAUUCUCUAUACCAGUGGCGCAACACCAGAUACUUACUGACCAUCCGGAUGCGCCAAACAGUUCGUUCUGCUGGGAAGCGUGGUACGCAAGCGCUUCCAAACACACCUACAAAGUCACGAUUUUAGUCAUUGGAUAUCUGUUGCCGUUGGGGUUGAUCAUAUGCUGCUAUGCGAAGGUGUUAUUUCAUCUCCAUAGGAAGAUGAAGAACAUGUCCAAGAAAUCUGAACGCUCAAAAAGAAAGACAGCCCAGACGGUCCUCCUGGUGGUCGCAGCCUUCCUGACCUGUUGGAUGCCUCAUCACAUCAUCGCCAUGUGGGUGGAGUUUGGAGUGUUCCCGCUCAACGACGCCUCCUUUGCGUUGCGGAUCAUCUCCCACUGCCUGGCGUACGGGAACUCCUGCAUCAACCCCAUCCUGUACGCCUUCCUGUCAGAGAACUUCCGGAAGGCCUGUCGACAGGUGUUCACCUGUCGGUUCCUCUACCCUCCACCCCCACAGGAGAAGGUGGUGCGCAUCCGCAUGGAGAACUUCUCAACUACACACUCCAUUACCACUAAUAUCUGACACCACACACUCUCUAUUACCACUAAUGUCUGACACCACACACUCCAUUACCACUAAUAUCUGACACCACACUCUCCAUUACCACUAAUAUCUGACACCACACUCUCUAUUACCACUAGUAUCUGACACCACACUCUCUAUUACCACUAAUAUCUGACACCACACACUCUCUAUUACCACUAAUAUCUGACACCACACUCUCUAUUGCCACUAAUAUCUGACACCACACUCUCUAUUACCACUAAUAUCUGACACCACACUCUCUAUUGCCACUAAUAUCUGACACCACACACACUCUCUAUUACCACUAAUAUCUGACACCACACACUCUAUUACCACUAAUAUCUGACACCACACUCUCUAUUACCACUCAUAUCUGACACCACACUCUCUAUUACCACUAAUAUCUGACACCACACUCUCUAUUACCACUCUAUCUGACACCACACUCUCUAUUACCACUAAUAUCUGACACCACACUCUCUAUUACCACUCUAUCUGACACCACACUCUCUAUUACCACUAAUAUCUGACACCACACACAAUCUCUAUUACCACUAAUAUCUGACACCACACUCUCUAUUACCACUCAAUUUGACACCACACUCUAUUACCACUAAUAUCUGACACCACACACUCUAUUACCACUAAUAUCUGAGGAACACACACACUUACGCACACACACACACACACUUACGCACACACACACUUACGCACAAACACGCACACGCACACACACACACACACACACACACACACCACACACACACACACACACACACACACACACACACACACACACACACACACACACACACACACACACACACACACACACACACACACGCACAUAGUCCACCACCAAUAUCUGAGCUGAGGGAAGGGGAGGACAGGACGUGGACUGGGAUUGGGACUAACCAGCUCGUUUGGAUUUCAAACACAUGAAUCUCUUCAUGAAGCAGCCAAAAUGAAUCUCUUCAUGAAGCAGCCAAAAUGAAUCACUUUAUGAAGCAGCCAAAAUGAAUCACUUUAUGAAGCAGCCAAAAUGAAUCUCUUCAUGAAGCAGCCAAAAUGAAUUUCUUCAUGAAGCAGCCAACAUGAAUCUCUUCAUGAAGCAGCCAAAAUGAAUAUCUUCAUGAAGCAGCCAAAAUGAAUAUCUUCAUGAAGCAGCCAAAAUGAAUAUCUUCAUGAAGCAGCCAAAAUGAAUAUCUUCAUGAAGCAGCCAAAAUGAAUCUCAUUUUGCAGACAGAAGUACUCUUCAACUGCUGCCUUUAUUGGCCAUUAAUUAUUGAGUUGUUGACCAGGCAGCUUGUGGUGGAUUCACUGGGACAAGACUGGGACUGGGACAAGACUGGGACUGGGAAUGGGACUGGGACAAGACUGGGACUGGGACAAGACUGGGAAUGGGACUGGGACUGGGACAAGACUGGGAAUGGGACUGAGACAAGA